AUGUCAGGAUUAAAACCUAUUUGCAAUUGGGAUUUUUUGAAUACAGAAACAACUCGGGUUGGGUUUACCAAGUCGUAUGCAUCUGUUCUGACGCAGCCUUCGGUUCCCCUGGCUUCUCUCCCUCCCCCAGUGGUUGAGGGUGGCAAAACAACUGUGACUAUAUCAGAGGAUGGUUAUCAAUCCGGUUUGGCUAGAUGCAAGCAUAUGCUCUUGGGUCGUCUGCAAUUGGCUCCUAAAGAUAAGCCGUAUUCUCCAUCUGAUUUGCAUAAGAAACUAGGUCUUCUUUGGGGUGAGAUUGGUCGCUGGAGAAUUAUCCCAAUGGGCAAAGGGUAUUAUUCAUUCAGUUUUUCUUCAGAGGACUGUGUUUCCAGAAUUUGGGCGAAGGGCUCCAUUGCUUUAAAGCCUGGAACUCUACGUCUCAUGCGCUGGGUACCAAAUUUUUCCCCUGCGACUCAGCGUAAUACCAAUGCUCAGGUGUGGGUGAAAUUUUGGGAUCUUGGGCUGGAGUUUUGGGAGCCUACUAUACUCUUUGAGAUUGCCAGUGGUAUUGGCGUCCCAGUGAAGAUUGAUGAGAAUACAUUGCAUCAGAGAUUCGGUCACUAUGCUAGGGUUUUGGUGGAUGUUGAUCUCUCUUCUGAACCUCCGUUAGAGUUGGUGAUUAAACGAGCCUGUGGUGACACCUGUGUACUUUCGGUGGAGUAUGAACGCCUUCCAGAUGUGUGCUCUCACUGUGGUAACGUUGGUCAUAGGAAGCUACCCGAAAGCGGUCUCACAAACACAAACGUAGAGCAAAGCAAUGUCCCUAAGAAAGUGGAGGCUGGGAAGGCAGUGAUUGUGGAUGAUACACCUCCUUCUAAGGAAGAUGCAAGAGAAGGCCCUUCCUUUGUGCGUAGGACUCCUCCUCCACCACUGUCUUCCACAAUGGGUGGUGAAACAAGGGUCAUCGGGCAGACAAUUAACGAUGUGAUUAACAAUGUUGAGGAUGAGGUUGUUGUCCAGGCCACGGUUGAGGUGCAAAAUAAUGUAGUAGCUGAGUUGAUUGGAAAGGACAUUGAGGACGUUGCUGCAAGAGGUGUAAUUAAUAGGACUGAGGUGAAUGCUACUACCAAUACGAAGAAUGUGGAGCUUGACGCUCUAAAUGGGAUGAGUAGUGAUGAUAUUGGAGAUGAUGAUGAGGAGGAAGUUGUUUCUUCUGAGGAGGAAGAUGACAUAGGUGGGAGUUCUAUCCCUAUUGUAUCAAGUCAUAUUUCUCCACUAUAUAAUUGGUAUGAGGAAACGGAGCGUGAGGACCUGGAAGGUGAAUUUACUGUGGUUAUGUCUAAAAGUCAAAAGAAAGCUUUGCGUAGAGCUGCUACUGUUGAAAAUAGGGAGGCCUACCUCCGUCGAACUAAAGAUAUUCCUCAAUGA